AUGCCAAGCACUCAGAAUAAGCCUCAAGAGCAAAAGUACAUACCUUGUCUUUUGUUACAGCUUGUAAAACAUUAUCGCAAAGAGGAUUGCCCAUCAGAAGUUGGGAGCAUAUCUCAACAGCAGACACAUCAAAGCAUCAACAAAUCAUCAUUUAAAAGAAGUGAUUGCUUAAAGAAGUCAGAAGAGAGACUUUCUUCCAAAUCAUUGGCUAUAUGGAAAUGCCCUCCCAAGUUCCAUCUGAAUGAGAAAUGGCUAGUGGUUGCUGGUGAAGAGAGUCAAGAAGCCAAUAAGCAGGAGUAUAGGAAAAGGAGGGUGAUUGAGGCGGUUUUCCCUAACAAGUUUGCAAUUCCUCCAAAUCCUUACAACUUGUCUGACCUGGAACAAGGUUAUGAUGAUAGUCAAACUCCAGAAGUCAGCACCAUUUCUAUAGAAGAAGAAGAACCAACUCAUGAUUUGACAGUUCUUGUAGCCAUAGCUGUAGCUACUCUUCAAGAGCAGGGUAGUCUAAUUGAUGCCAACAUAUUGGUUAGGCUUCUCCUCAACCUGAUGAAUGAACAUGGCAUGGCUACCAAUGUUGUUUCUCUCAAUGCUGCCCAUGCAGGAUCUGCAAAAUCUAUGCCCUUGACAAUGACUCAGCCUGACAUUAGAGAGAAUAAGUCAGUAACCUAUUCCCUUUCAGAGCUUGAUCUCAAAAAUAUCAAGAAACUCAUUAGCAAAUAUGGAGUACCUUACCAUGCCGGAGGAGAAAUUUCUGAGUUGGUUUCCCGAUAUUGUCCUACCACCUUGCAGCCUAAGUUGACUAUUUCACCAAAUGUUGGCCCUUCCUCCUCGAUGACUAGUCACAAGGAUAUCAACAAAUACUGCAAUUCCCUAAUCAAGCAACGUGGAGAAAAAAUUGAGUCUAUGGUUGAUGAAAGCUUACAAAAACCAAUUCCGUGCAGCUUGACACCUUGUAUUUUCUUUGAUAAACCUAAGGGAUGUCGUAAAGGAUUCUCCUGUCACUUCCGGCAUGAUAUAUUUGGUAAAAAGAGGUAUGGAAGGACAUCAGAAGGUCGGGAUUCAAAGAGAUUGAAGUAA